UGUAUAUACAGUAUUUUUAUGUUGCCAAAAUAAUAGAUAAGACAUGACACAAUGAUGAGAAUAUAGCCACUUCAGUGUUGGAAACACUGUUAUCAGUCUGGGUCUCGCGUUCUGAAUGUAUACAUUAAACGUACACCAGCAUUGCCUACCCAAUCUCUCUCACAUGGUAUGGGUAAAGGCACUUGCUAAACAUGCCUGCAACGGACCUUUUGAUUAUGAAGCGAACUUCAUAACCACUUUAGGUCAAGCAUCUUGCAAUCUUUAGUCAAACUUAUGAAAUGGGGCAUUUAUUCUAAAAAAAGCUGUUUCAUAGUAGCAAUUACAACCAUCCAAAUUGAAACAAGUUUCCCCAGGUCAUAAUCAGGCUGUACAUAGACUUUUUUAUCUCUUAUUUUAAGAUUAAAAUGCUGUUUAAAAAUGCUCAAAAUUUUCCAUUUUGAUGUUUAUUUAUAGGAAUCUUUAUUUGUUGUGUUGUAAAAUAGUCUUUAUUUUCAUCCAUUAAUGAAAUACUUGACACAUAGAAUAUUUAUUAAUAAAUAAAAACUCCUUGAUUUAAAAUGAAAUCAGCUGCAAUUCGGCACACUACUUGUGAGAAAGAUUUUGUUCUGAAGUCUAUUAGAAGUGGCAUUAGGCUUGAUGGUCGACAGUCAUAUGAUUACAGAAAUCUUGAUAUCAAAUUUGGAAAAGAUUAUGGAUGUUGUGAAGUUCAGCUUGGGGAAACUAGAGUCUUGGCACAAACAUCUGCAGAGUUAGUUAAACCAACUGAUACAAGACCAACUGAGGGGCAGCUUUUUCUGAAUGUUGAAUUAUCGCCUAUGGCAUCACCAGCCUUUGAAAAUGGGAGGAUGUCAAAUCAGGGAGUAGAAGUUAAUCGACUAAUUGAAAGAUGUUUAAAAGAAUCGAGACCAAUCGAUAUCGAAUCUCUAUGUCUUGUUGCAGGUGAAAAGGUUUGGGCAAUUCGAGUGGAUAUCUCAGUGAUGAACGACUGUGGAAACAUCGUUGACUGUUCAUGUGUGGCAGCCAUAUGUUCUUUGGCACACUUCAAACGACCUGAUGUAACGGUUACUGGUGAUGAUGUGGUUAUUCACAGUUUCGAUGAAAAGGAAGCAGUUCCCCUGAAUGUCCAUCAUAUGCCCAUAUGUACAACAUUUGGUUUUAUAGGAGAAGGGGAACAUGUCAUAAUAGAUCCUGAAGAGAAAGAGGAGAACAUAGUAUCUGGACAAAUGACGCUUGCUUUUAAUAUUCACAGUGAAAUGUGUUGUGCACAGAUGUCCGGUGGAGUGUUACUGGAAGCGGAGCAGUUAAUGCAGUGUGCGAAAAUAGCGUCUGUAAAAGCAGCUGAAAUUAUUGAACUUAUAAAACAAUGCUUAGAAGAAGACAGGCUUUCAAGAGCACCGCCCCCUGUUGAAAGAAGGGAGGGUUUAAAAGAUCCAAUCGCGCCAUACACACCAUCCACAAUCAUGAAAACAUCAGCUGAAUCCACUGAUGCAGACAUGGAGACGAUAGAGAUGAGAGAUGUAGAGGAGAUAAACGCAGACCCUGAUGCUGCACAGCCUGUCAAAUAUUUAGGUCGAGGCACAGCUGGACUUGGUCAAGGUGGGGCCAGUACGUGGGUGAUAAGCGACAACAGUGACCAGGAUAUGACACCUGUGAAGAAAAGUUCUGCUAAGAAAAAGAAAGCUAAGAAGAAAAAUGUUGUUGAAAAAAUAGAUUUGCCGACUGACGACAGCGAGGAAGAAGAAGUGGUAAUGCUGCAGUCAGGUGAUCUGGAAGAAAGCUUUUAUCAUUUCAGGCAAACAGAAAUAUUGUCCGACAAGAUAAUUAACGGAAACAAUAACCCGGUAACAACGAUAGAAGAUAAGCCGGUAACAACGAUAGAAGAUCAGCCGGUAACAACGAUAGAAGACGAUAAAACGACUACUGAGGCAAAGACUCGCAAAACGAAAACGAAGAAAAAGAAGAAAGCCAAAAAGAAAGCUGUCACCUCGUGAUAUUUUUGACAUGCUUGUAAGAAAAUAUGGGAUCCUAUAACACGGGUUGAAUCUAAAAGGAUUGACGGUGUACUUUAUAUUAUUCUCGAAUAUACAUGUGUUUUUAUCAUGCUAUUUAGAUUUUUAACAGGACUAGGUUGAUCUACAUCGUUGAUCUACAUCGAGGUCGCUUCGGUGUUACAUACUGCCUUGCGGGGUUAAUUUUUUUUUUUAAAUUCGACUCUAUGUACAGCUUUGUUAGCAUAUACACUGUUUAAAUGCUGAAAGAAAAAGUUAUUCGGUUGUUGUCUUGA